AAAGCAAAAAGUUGUGCUGUGCGUUUUGACAACCUCUGUGUGCCACAUACAAGCACACGACCGUACAACCCCCGUGUGCGAGCGACCUGAGCUGGUUUGGUUCCGAGCAGCACUCGUAGUAAAAUCGGCAAAUUUACCCUGUAAUCUAGUGUUCCAAGAAUCAAAUGUUCGCGCGUUGUGUAGUUAAGUGUCCAAAGCAUACGAUGUGGGUCGAGUUGGCCCGUUUAGUGUACCGGAAGCGGUCGGAAAACGCGCUGAAAAAGUGAGCCUUCGCACCUCUUUCGUCGUAGUGGUUAGGCACCAGGUCCCCUUUUUUCGUGUGGGAAAAGGAAAAAGCAGCUUCGAUCAGUGAGAAAGUGUGUAUUAUUCAGCUCACCUGGCGAGAACGGUGAGCGGUGAACAACGCAGCAUCAGCGUUUCGUAUAAAUAUAAUAUAUUAUACCGUGGAAGUGCGUGAUCAAGUGAGCGAGAGUGUGUUCGCGAGUGUGUUGGUUUGGUGUGGUGGGGUGAUUAGUGAGGUCCGUCUGGCUAGCUGCUAUCAAUAUUACCAUUGCCACUACCACUACUACUACACAACUACGAAUUACUGCACUACUACCAGCGAUGAUCGGGGUUCUUUUUUCCUCGUAUGAGAGAAUGAUGUACGGUGCAAAAAAGUGAAAUGAAAUCAGAUUCAUUGAAUAGUGGCGAAGACAGAAAUGGCUAUGAAAUAAUCCAUCGCCAUGGCAAACCACGCGGCAUGAACAACGCUGGCAGCACUGCGCACAGCAACUAACCGUGUCGCGUACGUCUGCUAAGAAGCUUCGCCGACGAAUCGCAUCCCCGUUAAUAUAUCAACAGAACCACCAAAAGUGAAAAAAUGUGUAAAAAUCUGUGUGCAUUCAUGUGAUUAGCAGCAGAGGCAGUUCAAGUUUAUCUUUUAUUUUUAUCGCUACUAAGCGCGUGUCUUUGUGUCUUUGUGCCCGAGAGGGAAGAAAAGAAAAUAAAGUCUAAGUACAUCGGUAAAACAAAUUAGGCAUCGAAUGUAAUCGAAUUGUGUAUACCAGCGCGUAAUCGAUCAAAAGUUUGGAUUCCACAUGCACGGACCGGUGUUGGACCGGAAAUGGCAACCUGAGUCCGCUGAACUAGGACAGUUUUCGGUGGCAUAACAGUAGCAGUAGUAGCAGCAGUAGCAGCCGCAGCAGCAGUGACCUUUAGUAGCAAAUUUCCAGUUCUCCCCGGAGUCUGCCGCCCGGAGGCCGUCGCACUUUUGCGUCCGCCUUGGCCGACAUCCGUCUUGGUACGCCAAUGAAUCGUCGGCAAUCGUUGGACAAGCCAGGUAUUCUGUCUCCUCCGGGUCCAUUUCUAACGCCAAGUCCAUCGCCAUCGAUACCAGCAAGCCCACGGCUACAGCCUUCGCCGUCACAGUCACCGUUCCAACAGCAACAGCCACAGGAAGUACUGCUGGUAACAAAUAGUAGCAUCGGCCACGUGACUCCGGAGCAGGAUCGAAAAAUUGGAAUUACCAACCGACGGCAGUCGUUCAAUCAGCAACCUCAACAACAGCAACAGCAGCAGCAGCUUAACAAUAACAGUCCCAAUGCAGGUACGGUGGUAUACCGUCCGAGUCCGACACAAUCACCGGCCGGAGCUGCAACCUACAGCAUUACGACUUUGCCGGGAAAUGAGUUCAACACAACACUAGUAGGCUCAAACAAUAUAUCGCUCAAUAAGAAGGGUCGUAAAUCUUCAACGGCAACAGUAAUUCACCAGCCGCAGUUGCUUCCACAACAACAACAACAACAACAACAACAUCAGCAACAAUCGCAACAGCAGCAUACGUUUAUCCAGUCACAUGUAACACAAGGACAUGGGACAACCAUUGGUCCUCCUCCUGCAUGCAGCCCGAAAGCGGCGAAAAAAGCACUGCAGCAACAUAUCCAUCAGCAUCAGCAACAGCAACAACAUCAACAUCUCCACCAACAGCAGCAACAUCAAGCACAAACGGUGUCCUUCGUUGGGAGCCCGAUCGCCAGUCCCAGCCCGAUUGCAAGUCCAAACGGAGGACAAAUUCUGGUCACCAGUGGUAAUCACGGUAGCUUGGGUGGCAGUAUUAUCGUGGGCAGUGCUGCGGGACAUCCGGCCGUCGGUAGUGCCACCGGGCAUGCGGGUGCAGGGGCGUCCGUCACUGGAUCAGCCCAGCUAAGGCCACCUACGCCGCAACCUAUCAUUCAGCAAUAUCCCGUAAUGAGCGCCGGCAAUCAAAUAGUGCAAAUUUUUCAAGGUUCUCAAUUUAUCACGCAACAUCCGGCUGUUUCGCAGCACCAGCACCAGCAGCCACAAACUUCUUCUAUCCAGGGACAACAUCAGCAGCAUCAGUUGCAAAACCGACAAACGAUCAUAUCGCAUUCACCCCAACCCCAGCAUCUGAACCAUCAAACACUGCAAACAACGCACCCGACAAACAACCACCAGCCGCAGCACCAGUACAUUCAACAGAUCGUGACGUCGUCUCCGUCCUCUGGUUCCGCGUCAUCGUCGCCCGUGUCGGUGUCGGUUUCGGGAAGUACAACGUUCAUCACUGGCCACGGCGGUGGUCAGAAGCACCAGAAGGGUCCACAACAAAUCUUGCCAAAACCAGUAACUCCUUCGGUUUCUCCAUCGCCCGGUUCUGCCCACCAGAGCCCGCAGCAACAAAUUCAAGUUAGUUUUAAUCCUACCUCUCUCAGUUACACCGGAAGUAAGACCGUGAUGAGCCAGCCGAAAACUUCGAUAGCGACGGUAAUGAAUCACGUGCCGGCCCAACUGCAUGUAACCCAGACGGCCGCCGGUGGACAGUAUUUAACGCAAUCAGCCCCGCACCAAGCUCAACAGUCCCAUUCUGGGGCACCCCAGCAACCUCAACUGGUGGCAACACCACAAACAACGCCCACCGGUGCAUCGACGGGAGCAACUACGGCUUCCCAGAAUGGUGGUUCAAUUAUUCUGCCGGCGGGGAACCUGAAUGCACAACCCUUACUGCUGAAUCAGAUGCCCGUGAUUGUGCAGCAAAACACCCCACAAGGCGUACAGCUGAUAUUGCGACCUCCAACGCCGCAACUUGCUGCACCGAGUUUGGUAAUUCAUAACUCCCGACAACAGCUUCAGCAACCACAGCCACAGCAAGUUCUGCGGAUAUUGAAUACCAACGGUGCGAUGCAGCUGGCGGCUGCACCCACUUUCAUCGUAUCUUCUCAGGGUAACUUGGUACAGCAGAACAUACCGGGGCUGAAAACUAACCAAGGAGUUCCGCUAACCCAACUGCAGGGAUUGUCGGGUCAACGGCAGCCGCAGCAGUUGGCGGCUGCAAUAAACCAACACUUGCUCAGUCAGGGAGUAGCCCAGCUACAGAACCUACAGUUGAAUGGGAAUCUGACCCAAAUUCAAGUGCCAAAUGGAUUGAACGGCCAAUUGUUGACCUCGUUACCGGCCCAAUUCCAGCAGGGUUUCAGUUUACAGAAUCAAAACAUCAACCUAAAUCAGCUCGGUAGUGCAAAUUUUUCCCAACUAGCAGCGGCGGCCGCUGCCAGUGGAGCUACUUUCACUUCUCCUCCUCCCCCAACCCCGGCCGGACAAGGCUCGAAUCAGCCGAGUGAAAUUGUUAUGACGGGUCAUCAAAAUAUCCAAUUUGCUGCAUCGCAGCCAAGCGGAACCAUAACGGCCACGACGAGCGUACCGCCGCAACAACAUACGCCGCAAGGACAAUUGAUCACGAACGCCCUGCCGGACGGGCAGCUACAGACCUCGGCGCAAAUUAUUCCGCCUGUAUCCCAGCAAGACUCGAAUCGCCAAUCGGCACCGAUUAUUACGACUCAAAUUUCGUCACAACAUCAACAGCAGCAGCAGCAGCAGCAGCAGCAACAGUAUUUCAGUAGUAAUACUUUAGCGCAGCAGCAGCAACAGCAGCAGGGUCCAAUGCAGCAGCACAUACAACAUCAUAUACAACAACAACAGCAACAUCAUCAGGUGCACCAAAAACUAGACAUUGAAAAGCCGAAAAAGGAACGGAAGAGUAAAAAGAAAAAGACAACACAGCCUCCGAUAGCGACUGCUGCUCCUAUUAUAGUGACACCAAGUGUACCAGUGACCAGCCAAGCUGCAAUGGCCGGCAGUGGUCAUCCGACGAUCUCAUCAACUCCGAUAGCAUACGCAGCAGCAGAACCGAUGUCCUCACCACCGACGUCCCCGACGUUCGUCAAUACCCACACGUCCACCGGAAAGCUAGAUCUGGCUAAUCUUAUGAAAAUAUCGGGCAUUGGCAUCGAGGAUGACGAUUUCAUGGACGCAGAUGAUCAGCCGGCUUCACUGCCUCCGCCACCGUUGGUGCAGGCAACGACUGCCCAAACACCAUCCGAAUACGCUAACAUUGUGAUACAAAACGAAUCCGUUCCCAAGGAGUUAAUGUCACCUCCGCCGGCACCGGCACCACCGCCAGCACCACCGGCAGCAGCAUCAGCAGCAGCAGCAUCGGCAGCAGCAACCACCGACAUUAUGAUUACCAUUCCUGCCAGUGCCGCUGGUUCUAAUCUUGACUUUCCCUAUACGAUCUCAAUUCCAACGACCGGACUGGAUGGGCAGGAUGCUCAAGUCAAGACUACGAUAUCGAAUGAAACUCCAAAACCACCUGGCCAUACUCCUCAUGCUACGCUUCCUUCUUCUGUUCAACAGCAGCAGCAGCAGCACCACCACCACAACCAAGAACCUCCACCUUUCAUGAUCACGAUUGACCCAUCCGGGGAUCCGAACUCGGGUCAACCAUACACGAUUUCAAUUCCUCGACUAUCCAGUGGUGGUGGUGGUGGUACGACGGACGAUACGACGAAGGUAGUCAGUAUUGCAACGGUGGCACCAACUCAGACCGUUUCAACUGUGACCAGCAACACGGCACCGAUCACUACUCCGCAGAACACCAUUUGCGUGAACAGUUUGAUGAAUAAUGUCCUGAGCACCCAGAUGACCCCAACACUGCAGAGUCAAAUCAAUGAAAUUCAGAAUCAACUAAUCCAGGCUGCCGCUUCGUCAGCACCUCCGGCUUCAUCGUCGACUGUUCUAAGUCAACACUACACAACCGUGAGCCAACCGAUGCUAACAACGGCAACCAGUUUCAGUUCGCCCAUCGUGACAUCAGCUUUGCCUUCGCCGGUGACCACUUCGAUGGUGAUAUCGCCGUGUAAAACGACGGUCACACCGACCAAGAAGAAAUCCGGCGGCAGUAAGAAAAAUGGCAAAAAGAUCGCCGAUAAAACACUGGACACCAUCAAUGCAAACGUUCCGACGCAAAUCGGUAAUAUUCAGAUUUCACAAAUCGACGGCACGACGGUUAACAACAACAAAACUACGAAAAGCAUGAUCAACAAUCAAAUUCAGAUCACUCCGAUCCUGGAGAACAAAACUCCCGCGCAGCAGUUUCAAGCUGCUCCCAUGUCACACGCUUCCGUGCCGGUGAAUCCUCCCUUGUCGGUUCAAUUGCAUCCACAGGCUGUUCCGAUGAUGGUCAAUCAACAACAACAACAACAACAACAGCAACAGCAGCAACCACAACCUCAUCUUACAAGCCAGCCAGUCAUCCAACCGACACUAGUACAACAACCACCGCCUCAAAUAGCUCAACCACCACCACCACAACCGCAGGUACCAUCCGCUCAGGGUAUCCUGUCGCAGUUGACCGGUGCGUUGAGUUUGUCGUUGGGUGAGAAUGGACAUCUGAUCCUGAAGCACGAUGUCAACAGUCCCCAGGACAGUCAAUCGCAAAUGAUCCUACAAGCAAUACUUUCCGGUGCCCUGGGAAACGUAAGUUUGGUAAAUGAACCGUCGAAAUCGUCACCACCAGCGGUACCGAUGAAUCAUCAACCACCACCACAACAACAACAACAACAACAAGCGCCAGUGAUUCAGCAAACUCCCAAAUCGGUAGCCACCGUUAGUGGUCAGAUACAGCAUAAGAAUAUAAUCGUUACCAGUUCACAGCAUCAGCCAACUCCAACGGGGCACGUUAUGCCAACAUUUAGUUCCCAACCUAGUCACACGAUGGCACCAACCGGUUCGAUGCAAAUCGUACACCAGACAGCACCCCAAAUGGUUCAACAGCAACAGCAACAGCAGCAACAACAACAACAACAACAACAACACCAACAACAACAGCAGCUUAUUGGUCAUACACACACGGGUGGGGUAGUUCAAAGUCUGAAGGAUGUUCGAAAACAACACGAAACUCCAGUGGAGUCUCAUCAAUUUCAGCAUCAGCACCAACCGGCCGCUCCUCAACAACAGACGGUGGUCAUCAAUUCGAAUGCACCGAAAUUUGUGGAGCUCCCGAAAGUGGCACCCAACCAGCAACUGUUCUCGCUGAACACACUGACCAAUCAAAUCACUCAACUAAGUCCGGGUCAAACGACGGCAGCCCUGGGGCCGAUGGAACGACUGUUGAUCGUACCGACGGGGAUCAAUGCUCAACAGCUAGCCCAAUGUAUGCUACAAGGUCAGAUUCAUUUCAACAAUGUUGGCCAAGUGACGCAAUCUAGUGAACAGAAACCACCACCACCACAAACGUUGCCCCCACCUCAACCACAACCACAGUCGCAGCAGCAGCCAUCUCAGCAAAUGUCACAGUUUCAGCAACAGCAGCAGCAUCAACAUCAGGUUGUUAUUCAAAACAAUCAACAUUUUAAACCCAUGCCAGUGAUAAGCAACAAGGCAAUCAACCCGGUAAAACCGGAGAAACCAAAGCGGAGUCGGGCGAAGAAAGCCGACAAACAACCACCGAAAACGCCAAGUCUUGUGAAGGUAAAUCCCGUGGGUAGUGGACUUCCCCAGAACGUUAUACUUCAGCCGGGGCAACACGCUCAACCAAUCCUAGCCGAAGACGGUACCAAAAUUGGUACCAAAAUCGUUGGCACCGUAAAUCCAAACAAUUUUGUGUCUAAUCCACCACCACCACCGGUUGCACAAGUUCAACCGCAGCAGCAGCAGCAGCAGCAGCAACAACAACCACAGCAACAUAUACAUAUCGGCGGUAAUAAAACGAUGAUCACAAAAACAGUCUCGGGAACAAUGAACCCUGUCAGUGGAACAACCCAGUGCAAUAAUCUUAUUGUGAAUAACGUUAGCAACACAGUGGUCAACAGUGCAACAACUACUCGAUACGACAACAGUAGCAAUCUUAGUAUCCACAACAACAACAACAACAACAGUAGCAUCAGCAGCAGCAGCAGCAGCAGCAGCAACAGCAACAGUAGCGGUAGUAGUAAUGUAAAUGUGUGUGUUCAGCCUCAUAACGUUAUCAGUGGUAGUAGUAGUAGCAGUAGCAGUAGUAGUAUAAGCACUAACAGUAAUAAAAAGGGGAAAAUGGGUCACGCUUCGCAGCUUCCUUCAUCGCAGCCCCAUCUGAAUCAAAUGCCACCAUUGGUAAGUGUCAAUUCCGGUGGAGCACCCAUAACCGGUACCAACGUCGGUACACCGAGUGUGGUUCCACGGGUGCAAACUAUUCAGCUAACACCCCAGAAGCAGCAACUGCUGAAAAACGUGCAACAUCAAAUCCAGCAACUUUCCGCAAAACUACAGAACAAAAAUCUACUAGCCACGCUUACCAUUCCGGCGGACUUUGAUCCCACGAAUCCAAUCUUCAACAAACCACUGCCCGUACUAACCAACAUUCAGAACAUGUCCGAUCCGGACAUCACUCAAGCACUGCAGCGACUCUUCAUCGAGCAGCAGAAAAUUUUGGCCACGGGAAAAAUCAUUCCAACGAUACCAGCCGGACACGCACUGGCAGUAGCUGCGGCAAAUGUGCCGCCACCUCCUCCACCGGCACCCAUCUCCGGAACGACACCCGGAGGUGCUAUCAUAAGCAGCGAGUUGAAACCGCAGCAAGCCAUCGUAUCCCCCAUAACCGUAACGCCAACUUCGGCGAACGCAGCGAUCUACCAGGGCGGGGCCAACAUGCAAACGAUUCCUUCGCCAAUACAAAUCAACUCGCCUCAGGUAGUCAAACAGGAUAUCAUGAUUCCGGCGUCAUCUGCUUCGAACUGUGCGAACUCGAUUGUGACCAGCUCCUCAAUGUCCAUUACUAUAACCAAUAGUAUGCCAGCACAACACACGAAGGGAGCUCAAACGAAACUGUGCGCGACACCAGCGACUUCAAUAAUUCCGAUUAGUUCUGCACUUCCAUCGAACACAACCGUGACGUGUACGCAACCGGUCCCGACAGUCGGUGGUGGUCAGAGCAUUAUUAAAAUCAACGCGAAACAAUCAACGCAACUUCAACCCCAACCAUCGCAGCAUCAGAUAAUUUUGAACAAUAAAAACAUCACCCUAACGAGUGCUCAAAACAGCAGCAGCAACAGCGGCAGCAUCCCCAUGCCGUCGUUGGUUCCUACCCAACCUCAGCAACCACAUUCGAUGAGUGUGACCAAAAUCGAGCUUCCCCCAACACCUCCGCCGUCUCUGUUAGCAGUCACACAGCAACACCGUUCCAACACACCGAUUCCUCCUCCACUGGUGCCUACAUCAAUGUCAAUCUCUCAGCCAGGCAAAUCCUACACCGGCCAAUCGAUCGUCAUCGUAAGUGGAUCCCAAGCGAUCCUCACCAAUUCCCUUCCGCAAAAUGUUUCCGGAACGGGAAAUCUGACAGCUAAACCCUCGGUGAUUGCGGCGACUUCCUCCUCCUCCGGUAGUAGCCUUGUUCAAGCCAACACUUCCCUGCACAUUCAGCUGCAGCAACCUCCACAACCGAUGACCAACGUACCGCCACCGUUAGUUACGAUGGCACCGGCAACCGUUCCAUCACCGGCCACAAUCAUUUCGACCAACGCGUGCAUAUCAAAUUCAAUGUUGGCAGCUGCCGCGGUUGUCCCGCCAUCAACAUCCACCAACAACGGCAAUUUACCCGCUGCGAUCGCAUCGAUUCCGUGCAGUAGCAGCAGCGCACCCGUUCUGGUAUCCUCAACCGUUAGCGCUCCAGUACCACCGCCGACACCGACGCCAUCGAUUGUAACCACCACCAUCCCGGGUAGCACCAAACCGGUCGUGGUGCCCCGUUCAAGUUUAUUCGAACGACAAAUCUCGGUAGAUCAAGAUGCCUGUACCAGACCGGACACCGGUACGCCCUUCGGCAACAAGCAGGACGCGGUGAAACGACUGAUCCGUUACCACUGUAUGUACGAGGAACGCUGCGAGGAGAAUGAGGCCGAGGAGGACGUGUUCGAGGAAGCGGCCGUCGAGUUUCCCGUCAUCUACAAGAACAUGCUGAACAAGUACCAGUAUUUGCUCAUGCAGGAAUCGAUGCGCCAUGUCCGUACCACCGAGCUGAUGAUGGUCGAUCGAAUGCUCAUCUCGGACGUGAAGGAAGAAAUCCUGCAGAUGCAGCUUAACAUAAAUGAACUGUUGAAUCCGGUGGUAAAUGAAAUGCAUCAAAGUGUGGACACUCAACAACCGGAGUACUGGCACCACCACCAUCAGCAGCAGCAGCAGCAGCAGCAGCAGCAACAGCAACAACAACAGCAGGCACAUGUUCCGGUGGCGCAUAGUGGCGAGGAUAACAAAAUUAAGAAAGAAGAGAUAUCGUUCGAUUUGUGUGUCGAUCAGGCAGCGGGUUUUCCGGCAGUUGGUUCAGCGGCCAUCAAAGAGGAACAUAUAAAAACGGAAGCAAAUGCGACCGACGAACUGGUGGCAUACCGGCAUCAAAGUGUGCACUUUUCUCUGCACGGUCAACCGGGUCCGAUGACAGUGCUGAAGGCAAAAACGUCCGGACCCUCGUCGGAUGACUUCAAGAAAGAACUCGAUAGUUUCGACGAUAUAGAAAGUGAAAUUACUCCUAGUUUUAUUAUGAAGAAAUGUGAUAACGGGAAGGGACAACCGACGGUGGCGCCGCAUGCUCAUCCAGCACAACCGCCAUCGUUGAGUUAUUUCAAUCACGUCGGCGAAAAUCAGUGUCCCGGUGGCAGUAAGAGCGACGAUGCGAAGGUCACCGAACAGUACGACGAAUGGCUGUGCAUUCAGAAAGAACUGAACUAUCUGACGGACGAGCGCAGAGGUAAUGUGCCCAAAAGUGUCAAAAGUCCGGAAGAGGAGAUCAUCGAAAAGCAGUUGGAUGACCUGUUUAAUCCGUCCAGUGGUGAAGCCAAAGAUGGCGGCGAUGUCAGUCGCAGUCAGGUGGAUUCUCCUUUGGCCGAUUUUUUCAAUGCUCAACAGCAGGAUUCCGGAGUAGGUGGAAGCGCCAGAGGGUCCAGCGUGCCAUCGGAUAAAUCAGUGGAAAAUCGACUGGAAGCUUUGUUUGGGGGAACUCCUCUGCAUAACAGGAGCUCCGAAGAUAACUCGCCCGAAGGUCCGGUGGAAAAACAGGAUGAUUUGAUUGAAACACGCCUGGAGGCACUGUUCCAGGGUGGCGAAAGUGCGCUGGAUAAUGCUAGUUUUUUGCAUAAAACAAAUAACUUUGAGAUGAUACAGGCGCAGUUGAGUCAGAAGCGUCACUGGAGCUCGGCGGAAUGUGACUGGGAUAAUGGGGAAAACUCGAGCAAAAGACAGUGUCUGCCCGGGAACAAUCGGUCACAGGACGACGAUCAUCGUUGGUUGCUGGAAUGUGAUCAGAAUCAGGGUCAACCACUGCCAACCGAUCACAGUUCGGUGGGCAUCCGGGGUCAAAGGCAGACACAGCAAGGUGUCGUCGUCAAUACACUCACCUCAGGUAACGAUCAUAUAAUUAACGAUAAUGGUGGUGGUGGUAAUCGGCACGUAUCUAGCACUAACACUAGCAAUAGCGGCAGCACUACUAACUCAAAACGCACCUCUUGGAAUGGUGAUAUUUUGCUCGCUUCGGCGACCGGCGAUCUCGAUAUGCUUGACACUAACCUCAGUCUUAGCUUGAAUAACCUUAAUAGCAUGUGUGGGACGGUGGGUAUGAUGACGGGCGAGGUACCAUCGGCACACCAUGGCCCACUUUCCGAUCACAAGUCGUCCAAAAAUUGUUUUCACUCACCGGUUCUCGGUGGCGAAAAUUGCGAUGAUACUAAUCUGAUUGGCGAUCUCGGUACCGGUGGUGGUCUUAGUAACCCUAGUCACUCCCAUAACCACGGCGGUAAACUAAACUAUCUCGAUCGUGAUCUUCUAGGGUUGGAUGGACCGAACGACAGCAGUUCCAAGCAGUCGCAUCAUCAUCAUCACCAUCAUCACCAUCUUCAUCAUCAGUUAUCUGCUCAAGUGGCAUCUACCGAACUGCAACAUCAGCUCAAUCAUAUCAACUUCGAUGCUAGCGGGCAUCCUACGCUUAACUUCGAGGAAGAUAUCAGCAGGCAGGUUCAGAACGCUAUCGAUUCCAUACUGAACCUGCAGAGUAAUGAAACGGAGGCCGCGCUUCAUUUUCCUUUGGAUCAAUCUUUCCUGGCGGACAGUCCUCAGUCGAUGCAGCGACCGCCUUCGUCGAACAAACGACGGUACCAUCUGAUCAACCGUCUCGAUGACAUCAACGACUGUAUCGGUUCGGCAAUGGAAGAAUCAGGCGACAACGCAAACAGUCAUCAUCAUCUGCAUCUGAACAAUCAUCACCUGAACCAUCACGUGAUACACCAUCAGCAGACGGUCCAUCUGCAUCACCUUCACCAUCUUAACAACCACAAUCACAACCCGUCGUCGGGAACGGUGGAGCCCAGUUCCGUACAGGUACAGGAUGGUAGUAACAGCAGUAACAGUAGCAACAUCAGCAGCAGCAGCAGCAACAGCAGCAGUAGCAGUAAUAGUAACAGUAGUAACAGUGCCAGCGGUGGUAAUGGUGGCGAUCCACCGGUCAAAACUAUCAUCAAAUCCUGACAACUUUCGACCACCGCCGGAGGGACGUCGCUAACCACGAACGGCGGGGGGGUGGUGAUAGUAUCGGCCCCGUCCGAAGCAACGGCAACCACAGCGGCGGUGUGAGGGAAUUAUUCGAGUCGUACACGGCAGGCCGGUUCUAAAAUACGCAGAUAGGUUUUUAUUUUUAGUUUCAGCAAUUGUGGAUCUUACAGUUCUAGCGUUUGAUGGGGGGAGACUACCUUUGACCGAUUUUAUCGAAGCGACAAAUUUUCACUAAUGACGUUCGUAAGUAAAGUUUUUAAGUAAAGAGUUUUCUUAUUUAACAAAAAAUAGUUUAAGCGGAAAAAAUACUCAAAUAAUAAAAUCUAACUUUUUUUGAUUUGCUGGUACGAAUGAUGCUUCGAUUCGCCAUGUUACGGCUCACCCGUGAAGGUGAAGGUUAAUGAGUUGUAUUUUAGAAACGGUGUUCGCGAAUAAUAAAACAAAAGAUUUUAUUAAUACCUUGUGUUCUGCCGUUUUCCUGCCCUAGUUUUUAGCAAAGGAAGUAGAGUUGCCAUCUGCACGGACCUCGCCCGGCAGUGUCGAAUCCGGAAAUAUGCCAGACACUAAUGAAAAAGAUUUUUUUUUUAAAUUUUCAUUUCUUUGGAACAUUCAGAAAACUAAAACCUACGAUACUAAUAAUAAUAAUAAUAAAACAUACGAAUUAGUAGUUAUGAUUCGGAUUGUUAUUUAUUUUUCGACCAUAUUUUUUUACACUCAGCGGUGCUUUCAAAAAUAAGAUGAAUGAACCAUCGUUAAGAGGGUUAAUUGUAACCAAAUUAAAAAAAUAUGACUGUUUUCAUAAUAACACUCUUGGUUCAAAUUUACUCCAGAACACAAAUUUUUGUUUUGGUAUGCGACUUCUAAAGAGUAUACCAUUUAAAAUCUACACUCAAAAAGUUCAUUCACAAAUUUCGAGUUUUAAUCCAAUUAUCGCAAUUUUUUUAGGGAGUAAAAAGAAACAAUUCAAGUUUUGGCAUCAUGCUUUCUUAAUAUUGUUGCUAAAGGUUUCAAUAUUGAUUGGCUGAGUGAUCGAAAUUCGAAUCAAUUGAAACAGUUACCAGAAUUCUUCGAUUUCGAGCAAACUGUGAAUGAUUUUACAAGACUUUCGAGAUGCAGUAGAAUAUUGAUAGGACAUGUGUGUUCCCAUUUUGACUAUGUUUAUUCAAAUGUAGAACCCGAUUGCAAGAUUUCAGAUCAUGAGACAUUCGCAAUGUCCGGCGUGACGUGCAACCCUAGAAAUGAGGAAAAUACUGAUAAUCUAGUUUGAACAAGUACAGGUGUGUAAUGUCAGCGACAUAACUGGAUAUCGUGAAUACGAAUAAAACUGACACUCUUUCUUUAUACUUUCGAAUACCAAUUAGUUGAUCGAUUGUGUUAAUUGUGCAAGUUUUGCCCUUUUACACUACUAGAAUUUGAAACGAUACACCCGUUCCCGAUCUUUGGAACAUUCAGAAAACUAAAACCUACGAUACUAAUAAUAAUAAUAAGAUAAGAUACAGCACAGAUUAGUUUCAUCAAAAAUUCUGACACACAAAUAUUACAAAAUAACCAGUAUAGUCUUUAUGAUAAAAUAUUGGAAAGAACCUCUUAUGAAGGCGUGCGUAAAGGGCCAGAUUGUAUAAUUUUCUAAGAUAUUAAACACUGAUUGGAUAUAAACGAUUUUGAACACUGUUGCGAAUUUAGAACUGUGAAAGGCUGAUUUUGCAUAAUGUUCCACAUUGUUGUCCAUUUCCCGUUGUAUUUUGCUUCAAUGCAAACGACCACCAACAGGAUGAUGUAAUCGAUCUUCUUCGAAGGGCAACUGGCUCUGUGACCUGAGCGUUUGAGGUUUUGUACACGCAAAAGGUCUGCUUUCAUUGAUGACUGCUCCACCUGACGAUUGAAGUCCAAAUGAGAGCUCGACCUGAGCGUUUGAAGUUUGGUACCACGCAAAAGGUCUGCUUUCAUUGACGACUGCUCCACCUGACGGCUGAAGUCCAAAUGAAAGCACGACCUAAGCGUUUGAGGCUUUAUACCACGCAAAAGAUCUGCUUUCAUUGACGACUGCUCCACCUUACGGCUGAAGUCCAAAUGAGAGUUGCGAUCUGAGCGUUUAAGGUUUUUAACCACGCAGAAGGUGCCACUCUCCGAAGCUGCUAGUCCCACGACGUCUGCUUCCGUCCAACGCACAAGAAGAAAUGAUCGAUUUUUGACCACGGUUCCCCUUUUAUAACACAGUCAGUUGAAGAUAUGUGCCUGACUACCUCAAAAUCGUCGUCCUUGCGCGAAAAAGCCAAGCAAAAGUAAAGAGUUUUCCGCGUUGUUUUCAAAGUUUUAGAAAACUUAAUUUUGAGUUGUUUGUGGUUAUCUCACACUGUUCAAAAUAUUAUCCUAAAUUCCUGAUCAUAUUUUCGAUGAAAAGGUGAAAGAAUUAUGUUGCUACCGUUAAUACAAGUCGAGAUAUUCACGAUUAAGUUCUGCCCAUUCAUCCAUAUGGCUAAUUUUGAAAAGGCACCCCAUAGUAAAGUAAGUCGUAUUCACGACAAAAAAAAAUACUCCAAGCAAGCCAUGCCUCGACUUGUGCCAAGAAGCUUGGAUGGAACUUCUGUUGACUGGAAAUUUGGUUCACAGUGCAUCUAUUUUCACCGACGUAUUGAGAACGUGUGCAAAAGAAUUAGUAAGUAGUUUUGAACAGCUCUUUAGAAAUUGCCAAUCGGCUGCAAGGAAUCACUCCGCUCGUCAGGUCAACCGGAACUACGUUUUAGCUUUUCAACGGCUUAUGAUCGAAAGAGGUCGAUGUCAGUCGCUGCUUGCUCUUGUUUGUAGUCAAGAAUUCCCGCUCGACCAAACGGCCAUGGCCACCAAACGGCUACCAAAAUUGAUUCAGUGACGGUUGUCAAAUCCAAUUUGGCAAAACAUAGUCGCCUGUAUCUUAGUUAGCCGAGCGUUUCCAUCUAUUCACCUUCGCUGAAAAUGUCAAAAAUUUCGAUGUGGAAAAAUCCUGGUGGAUACAGUUGUAUCGUUUGUGGUGUAUAUCUGGCAGCGGUGAGGCAGUCGGUCACCAGAAUGGCUGCCAGCCAUGUUUUGUUCGCUGGUAGCGUUUAGUCAGCCAUCGAACAGCCAUGCUCAUGCGGGUUGCUGCGGCGAAUGUUGGGUGGAUGUUCGUAAUGUCACUUAAUUGGCUGUCAAGCAUGAAACCCUUCAGAUUUGAAGGAUGCGCAUUGAUGAUUCGUGUGGUAUUGUCGAGUCCGUAUUCCACAAGCUCGAAGAGCUUAAAAGACAUCUCACGAUCAAACCGGGAGAGAGAUAAACAGUACAAGAUCCAGUGAUUUAUAACUAACUAUAAAAAUCACUGGAGUCGACAUUCAAAAGCACGAAAUUUUUAUUCACGGGCCCUGAAGAAGACUAGAUGUUAAUAGCAAAGAGUUACGGAAAAGUUGAUCUAUAGAAGACGGCAUACAGAGCAAAUCAUACCGGAAAAGUUCAACAGUUAUUUCGUAAAUAGUGCUCAACAGAUCAAUCAAUGUAUUGAGAUGGUAGGAGAUCCUGUUGAAACAAUACAACCGAUAAAAAGCGAUGUAGUAUCAAGUUCCCUCGGUAUUUUACUUAAUAUUCCACCGAGAAGUUUGUUGGGUCCUAUUCUCUUCAUUAUGUUCAUUAAUGAUAUGCAGAGAUGGCAUUUCACCAGAGUUAUACACGCUAGAGUCAGAUUUUUGCCACACCGAGGAUGCAAAAAACGAAGCACCGCACAAAGAGGAAAGCGCACUUCUUCUCAGUGUCGAAUAGACAGCAUUUGAGUGUGUGCUUGUGGUUAAAGCAGCUGGCGCGAGUGAAACACAUUCUCUUCGCAUGAAUCGCUCACACGCGCUCUUGUCUAAAUACACCCAAGUGACCACUGGCGUGUGAUGGUGAGCGAACACUUCUGUGAACUUCAAUUAAUAGAGAGUAGAUCUGGCCUUGCUAUGAAAAAUUUGCAAGGAAAACCGAAAAUUUUACGAUAAAUUGUUUUAUUUUGCUGAUUUUGCGUGUCCACCCUUCAUCUACGAAAACCAUACAGCAGAGUGCUCACCGGCGUGUACACCUCUGUGAAAGUAUCUGCAUCCACCUCAGAGAAUUUAUUAGCUAAUGCUCUAGCACUUUGGUGCGAUUCAGUGGAAGAGGUAAAAGGAAAUAAACAAACGCACGCAUGAUGCGUGCACACUCUACACAACAGUGGUGUAUAAAUGUGAAAGAGAAGAGCUCUCGUUGAAGUUGUCAGUGCGAGGGGAGAAAUUUUGAUUGCUCUUCGUCACACAGAGGAGAUAGACAUCUCUGAUGAUAUGAAGCGAGUAUUACGUUAUUGUGAUAUGAGUUGCUGUUUGCUGACGUCACUGUUCUGUUGAUUACAGCUAAAGAUCUCAAUUUCAAUUCUAGUUUGAAUAAUAUUGUAUCACCUUUGAGUUCUACUAUAUAUUACGUCACGUAUAAACUUAUAAAUGAAUGUGAAAUAUAUUAGAGUUCAAUUGUGAUGAAGUAUUAAUCUAGUGAAUUUGUUUCACUAAAUGCUCAAGUGACAAAUUAUUUCAACUGAACCUAAAUGUUGCGAAAACUAAAUAUAUGGUUAUUUCCGUUCAGCAGUUGUUAGUUCUACCGAAAGAACUAGUUCUCCUGAACUGUUCAUUCGUUCUUCAGAAAUUUUAAAUGUUUUUGCAAAAAUCGUACGAGAGCAGAUAAUUAUAUUUUAUUGGUAUCCAACUUAUGAAUGGAAAUGCAGUUAUUAUUCUGCAUGUAUUAAAAGUAACAAUCGCUCACUUUUUCAGAGGUCGCUGAUACAUACAAUCUCUACUGCUUUCUUAAAAACUACGACAGUUUUGAAAAUACACUUUCUUAUAGUAAAUCACUUUUAUUUAUUGUGAAAAAGAUUAGAGAACUAUCGUUCUUCAACAAGGCCCUAAAGUUCAAUCAUUCUUCCAGUUAUUUCGUUUAUUAGCAUCGAACAUCACGCUAAUGUUGAAAUUGAUCGUGAAACUAUUGAUCGCGUUAGAGAAAUCAAGUAUCUUGGGGUCCAAUUGACGAAAUGAUAACAUUCGAAUCUCCAUUCUGCUUCUUACUUCUGCUAACAACACAAAUCUCGAGAUUACAGCGACUGAAAACUAAAAAUUUUGCGAUAAAUCCUAAAACACCCUAUCGGCAGAGCCUGUCUACCGAAAGAGAAAAAACAGUCUUCGGUUCAACUACGGCAAUCGCACAGCAUCUCAUUGAGCAUAUCUUUGCAUUUGUACAGGUGCGCAGUGCUGCUAUUUCAGCGCACAUGAAUUUGACAUAUCUCUCACCUACUUGUAUGUACGAGUUUCGAUACGGACUCGCCUGAGGACGCCAUUCUCGCAAAAAGUAUGUUGCUUGCGAAUCCGUCCUGAAAUUACUUGAGCUGAAUGCCUUUAUUUUCAGUGAAACAGAGAAUUUACUACUUAACCAUAGUGUUCAUUUUCAGAAAUCAAUCUGAUGCUAGAACACGAAAUUAAAUAUAAGUGUUUUUUCUAUUCGAUGUCAAGACAAAUCAAACACGCAGCAACAUUUGGUGCAGUUCGAAGGUUCAGUAUUUGACACAUAAAAUCUCUAAUUCUCGGUUAAUUUUUCAAAAGGGCGUAUAAGCAAGUGACAGUUUCUCUUUGUUUACUUUCUCUUCUAUCAAUUACCAAGCGGUUUCCACGUUUAUCACUCAACUCUUUGCAUGAAAUAAUACCCGAAACUUUCGACUUUCAAACAGAAUAGUGAUAUCAAAGAAAAUCUUUUUAAUCGCAUCACAAGAGAGAGUGAUUAAAGAGAAACUGUCACUUGUUUAUACGCCCUUUUGAAAAAUUACCCGAGAAUUUACAGGGUCUGAGGGUUUAGUAGAAUAUUUAUGGUAGUCACAUAGUCACAUAGUCUUUUGAAAGCUGCUACUUCAUGAACGUCAUAUGGAUUUGACAAUUAUAGCGCCAUCUGUGUGUCAGCCACACGACUUAUUGAGUUCUGGAUCAAUGUUGAAGUUUUACCCGUUGUAAAAAGUCGAUAAAAUAGCGAAUACACUUUGAGAGUGGCUUAUUCGCAAGCAAAAAUUGCAUUUAAUCACAUUUUUUGCGAAAAAGAUGAAGAUUUACAGAGAUUGUGUAGGGUUUUAUGUACAUUUAGAAAAUAUAUUAUGAUGAUUCAUGCUGAAAGUGUUUAAUGCAGAAUUUUUUUUGAAUUUUGUAAAGGCUAUUGUUUUUUAAGUUAUUUUCUCGGAAUAGUGUGCAAAAUAUAUAGAUUACACUUUACUAUCCUUUGCUAAUGACUUUAAAUAGUUUGUUUUAAAAGAUUGAAGCAUUUGGUCGUAUGAAAAUAGAACGUAGUAAAGUCUGAUGUUUGCAGUACCCUCUCUAAACAUAGUCCACAGAUUAAAAUGCAGUGUUGGUAAAGUAAAUGCUACUUUUAAAUUUGAACAUUUACCACUGCAUGUCGACCAACACAGAGCCGGAGAUCCUAGCUUGUAGAAGCUUGCGCAAACCUUUAUAAGCAGACAUGCCUACUGAAAAAAAUGGUGGUAAACACUACAAUUGCUACAUGUCAAUCAUACGAUUUAUUGUUUCUAACCAAAGAAUCAGUUCACUUUGACAAAACAAUGCGCAUCUCCCACGCAUAAUUGAGUUUCCGGUAAUUAAAUCCAUAGUUAGUUAUUUACCCUCCAAACAAAGUGUGAGUGAUAAGAUAUAAUUUGUAUAGUUGAGUACUAAAACAGGUAUUACAACACAAUUAAUCUAUGAUUUGAAAUGUCGAUGGUUGAAUAAGCACCGCUCCGAAUGCUGUGUCCUUUUUUCUCAAAUAAAAUUGCUGCCGGGCGAGGGAAGCAUUCAAGAUAGUAACAUUACAAAAAAAAAGCUAAAUGUGAGUCGUUCUUUCGUACGUCACUGAAAUCUGAACGGGCUGUAAACUAAGAGAACUGUGCAAGUGCAGAUUGUUGACCACCAGUGGCUGUCUAAAAUCAGUUUGUAUUCGGUAUUCAAGAUCCACAAUUGAGACAAAAGAAACCUACAGUACUAAAAUCAGAAUCCUAAUAAUGACGACAAAACAAAAAUAUCAUUUUGCCUGAGAAGUAAAAAAACGAAAAAACUGUGACGAAACCAGAAAAGAAAUGAAAACGACAACAUGGACAGCUGUAAUAAUAAUUGUUGUGGAUACACUAACUGUAAAUAUUAUAACUAGCAAAUAGUAAAUCUAGGUUAAAAGCAUACUAUUUUAAGAAGCUAGAAUGUCUCAAACAUCGCACCGUGUACAUAAAACCAAAUAUCUCAACAACAGCAGCAACAAAAAUGUUGUUAAGUUGUAAACCGAUGAACGAGAAUUCGAAGUGAAUAUGUUUAAGGUGAGAAAAUAAAAAAAUAAACGGGAAUAGUGACGGGAUUUAAAAAAAAACUGAGUUUACCCACACGAAAAUCGAGCCACAGGAUAGACACACCGAAUAAUUUAUUCUUCUACCACAUGAAACAAAUCAAUGCGGGCAGUAGUAAACUACAAUUAACUACACACUAAUAUGAACAGUUAGGAUAUAAGAAUUUUUAGCUUUUAAGAGAAUGAACAGUAAUAAAACGAAACGUUUUAAAUCUUUGCAGCAAGAGAUUUUAAAACCAAAAGCUCUCGGGUCUGAUGCGAGCGAACUAAACUAAAGAGUGAAAAUAAGACAUGAAACAUAAGGUUAGGUUUUCUUCUCCGCUGUCAAGAGCGGUAAUACAAACACACACACAAACACAAAAAAACUUUAAGUUUAUAAAGACUUCUUGCUUUAUCUUCCCAGGCUAAGGUGACAACAAAAUAAACUAAUUGUAGAGAUUUUAUAAGAAUGAAUGAAAACGAUAUUACAUAAGUAGAUAAUUUAGUUUUGUAUUAUUUUCAAAGCCGAUUUAUUUAAUAUUUAUAUGCUCCGAAUACAGCAAAAAAAAAAACAAACAAACUUACACAAAAUGCAGCAAGCGCGGAAGGAGAUUAAUUAACGGAACAGAUAGCCGGGGGUGUCUGUUGUAAGGGAUUUGAGCCCAACUGAAUUCGAUUCGCACUCUAAGAGCUGCCGACGGAAUCCACAAUAGAAAGGUUUGCUUGCAAACAUUAAGUAAUGUAUAGAAGAAAAAGAAAAACAACAGAAACAACACUAAAAUUGAGCUAGUGAAAUUAUUUGAUCUACAACAGUACUACUGUUGGCAGUACGAAUAUGUUAGAAAAUAUCUUUUCCGCGUAUCGGUUUUGUAUUAUUAUUUUUCGUCCGUAUUAGAUAUAUUGAGCCUGAGAUAAACGAUCGGUGGGAGUAGCCAGCGAACAGAUACAGUUUUCUGCAAUCCAUUGAUCAUGUAUAAAGAGAAAAAUGUUUAACGAAAAUUGAAAAUUACUAUAAAAUAACAAUAAAACAGAUUUUUAUUCAA